AUGCAUUGUCACAUCACCCCUGUAAGUGGUAUGCCUAGAUUCUACUGCACAUUUGUCUAUGCUUUUAAUGAGAACAGUUUAAGGCAAGUCUUAUGGAGAGAUUUAGUAAUAUUGAAUGUUCAGAGUCCCUGGAUUAUCUGUGGGGAUUUUAACUGUGUCAUGUCAGUGAAUGAAAGAAUUGGUGCUCCUGUCAGGCAUAUGGAAAUUGUUGACAUCAAUAAUUGUAUGCAUGGAUGUGGAAUGGAGGAUGUUAAAUGUGUGGGAAAUCUCUACACUUGGAAUAAUAAACAACAAGGGGCAGACAAAGUUUUUUCAAAACUUGACAGAAUUCUUGGCAAUGCUGCUUGGUUUGAUUGUUAUCCUUCUGCAGAAGCUUGCUUUCACCCAGAAGGCCAUUUUGAUCAUUCUCCUAGUCUUUUGACUGUGUAUCCCAGGGUUAAUGGAGGAAGAAAACCAUUUAAAUACUUUACAAUGUGGAAAACAUCUCCCAGAUUCAAUACAAUUGUGACUGAUGCUUGGAACACUCCUAUCAAUGGUAGUAAAAUGUUCUGUGUGGUGAGUAAACUCAAGAAGGUUAAGGGUGUUCUUAAGGAUCUAAAUAAAACUAGUUUUUCAGAUGUUCAAGCUGCUGAUCUUAGUGCUUAUCAUGCAAUGAUAGCUGCUCAAGAAGCUAUGCAUUUAGCUCCUACAGAUCACACUCUUGCAGAUUUGGAAUUAUAG